CCGACGCAAGCGCGCGCACACACACGCACGGGACCAGAACCGGACCACGGGAGGAGACCCAGACCCAGACCCGGACUAAAGCGGGACCAGAGGCGGGUCUAAGCGGCGGAAGGACGAAAGGAGCGGAGACCCAGAGACGCAGAGGACACCGGGGGAGGACGUGUCAAACGGCGCGUGCUUUAUCUCGAGCCCAAACAGAAAACAGCUGCUCGGAUCGGCGCACGCGGACGAGAUGGCGUUGAGUUCUAUCGUGGAGUUCUCGGUGGAGCUGGACCGGCCCGGGGACGCGGCGUUCACGGGGGGCGAGGUGGUGAGCGGGCGCGUGGUCCUGGAGCUCCGGCGGGACACGCGGGUCCAGGCCCUGAAGGCGCAGGGCCGCGGCGUCGCCACGGCGCACUGGCUCGAGAACAGAGGCAUGAACUCCGUCUACAACGACUACACCUCCAAAGUGACCUACUUCAGGAAGAGGCAGCACCUGAUCAGAGAUAACGGCGAGGUGACCGUGCUUCCGGCCGGCAGACACGAGUUUCCGUUCAGUUUCCAGCUCCCGGAGGAGACUCUGGUGACGUCCUUCGAAGGGAAACACGGGAGCAUCCGGUACUGGGUCAAAGUGAAGCUGCACCGGCCCUGGUCCACGGUCAGGAAGAUCAAGAAGGAGUUCACUGUGAUCGAGCCCAUCGACAUCAACACACCUGCACUACUGGCACCACAGGCCGGCACCAAGGACAAAAUGGCGCGGGCCUGGUACAGAAACUUCGGUCAAGUCAACGUGACGGCAAAGAUUGACCGCAAAGGCUACACACCAGGCGAGGUGAUCCCCGUCUUCGCCGAAUUCGACAACUCUACCUCGCGCUCCAUCGUGCCCAAAGCGUACAUCACCCAGACGCAGACGUUCAUCGCGCGCGGCACCAUGAAGCAGAAGCGCUCGGUGGUGGCGACCCUGUGCGGCGACAUCGUGGGCGCCCGGACCCGGGAGACGUGGCACGGCCGGGCCAUCAAGAUCCCGCCGCUCGGACCGUCCAUCCUCCAGUGCCGCAUCAUCAAAGUGGAGUACAUGCUCAAGGUGUGCGUGGACGUACCCGGCACCUCUAAGCUGUGCCUGGAGCUCCCCCUGGUGAUCGGGACCAUCCCCCUGCACCCGUUCGGCAGCCGGACGUCCAGCGUGUCCAGCCAGUACAGCGUCAACGUGGACUGGCUCCGCAUGGCCAUCCCCGAGCAGCCCGAGCCCCCUCCAGAGUACAGCGCGGUGGUCAGCGACGAAGAGGCCGAGCAGAGGAACUCUUCGUCCUCUCCUCAGCCCGCGGACGACCUGAGCGGGAUCCUGGAGCGCCCCCUGCAGGCCUUCGUGCAGGAGUUCCGCUUCAGACCGCCGCCCGUCUACAGCGUGAUUGACCCGAACCCUCAGCCGUACAACAUCCGUCCUCGCUGCAUGACCUGUUGAACCUCUCGCCGCCGCUGCUCUGAGAGACGAGCUGAUUUUUUUCAAACGCACCAAUCGCACGAGAGUUGUCUUCUCCUCUGGAUCCGGACGACGCGCGGGACGACCUGCCCUGCUCCCCCGCACUGUAGCGCCCCCUACGGACAAGCCGGGACUCGCGACAGGACCGCGCUCCCGAAACCGCGGACGAAACCGUGGCAUUUUUCGGAGGAUAAAAACGAUAAAAAGAACUCCUGUCUGCUUAAAGUGAUUUUUCAAAAUUUUCUCGGGCUCUGAUUGAAACGAGCAUUCUCCCAAUCAAGGUUUAAAUGGACAUUGGUGGGGGUAAAAAAAAAUCACUACGAGUUGAUGUUCGGGUUGUUUUUUGUUUUUUGUAGCGCUGUUGACAAGUUGCCGCGGCGACUUCGAAGGCGUUAAACGUGCAGUUGUAACCGUGACGACGCGCGUUGGGUUUUAACGACUAUUCUCGCUAUGCAUCGUAAAAGCCUAAAGAUGAUUUCUACUGUUACAUAAGCACAUUUAUUCGAGAAAAAACCAUGUGAAGGUAGAGCUACUACUUACGAGUUUUUAUGCAUGUGUAACAAAUAUUAUGCUAAAGGGAAUUUUACUCGAUGCCUUAAAGUCUGCAGACGAGAUUGCAUGACGUGGAGAGAUGAAUGUAAUGAACAACAAAAAAAAAAAACGAGUUAGUCUAGUGGAGACUAGACUAACCGAGCCUGGCCAGCCCAAAAACACGACCCGAUGUUUGGCAAAAACGAAGCGGGUUUGGGCAGUUGUUGUUUUUUUUAAGCCUGAUUUUCGUGCGAAUUUUCAGACGAAUAAGCUGGGUUCACACGGUGCUAUAACGUUGUAAAAAGCAAUAUGUUUUUUUUGGAAUGAAAAUGCGUCAGAUUUGAGAAUUUGCACGUCAAAUACCGUGUUUUUCGGACUAUAAGGCGUGCUUAAAGCUUUUUAAAUGUCUCAAAAAUCGACAGUUCUGGUCGUGCUUACUGACCUCGAACAGAUUUGAUGCAGCACACAAAUCUGUCAAAAUGUUUUACUACGACUUUGGUAAACUACGAAGCCGCACCUCUUGAUGGAUUGUCGGAGCAUUACGGCGACCGAAGUCAGGAGCCUCGCGAAGUAAACCCCAAGUUACGAGCCUUUAGUCCGACAGAAGCUGAACCGCGUCAGCGACACAAAGACCGAGCUGUUUUUUUUUUUUUUUCAGCGGUUAUAGUUUAUGCAAAUGAAUCUUGUGUGUCUACGUUUUGUUUCUGUAAAACGUAAACAAAUGUGCGCAAAGCUGCAUUAAACACAUUAUAACUCAAUGUAUAUUUGAAACGUCCUCGUAGGAAAAUAAAAAAACAAACGACGCCGAGCGAAUUACGCCACGAUCUACCGAUGGAUCGUGGACACUUGGACUAAGUUUCAGUCUCAAGUGUCGUCCGUUUGUUUCGUUUAAUCCGGCGCGUUUUAUGUAUGGAAAUAAAUGAAAGAAUUCAACAUUAUUAUUAUUAUUGUUGCGCCUUGUAAUCCAAAAAGUACAGUAGUUAAAAUGUUGUUUUUUUGAUAAGUUACUGGGCGAAUGCAAAACAAAACUGGCACAAAGUUCCACCAGCAAAAUGUUUUAGUUUUUGGAUAUUUCUUUUUAAAAAAAAAAAGUGCCUUGCCUGUCGCGUUACCUGAAAUCUUGACGUUAAAAACCCAAAAUUGUGAACUCAGCCGUCCAAAUUUUGCCAUAAGAAUCAGGUUUCUGGCCAGGCUACACACUAGUAAUGUUUGCCUUUUUUUUUUUUUUUUGGAAGAAUACCAUCGCUGAUUUAACGAUGAAACGGAGGAGGUGGUUUAUGCACACGGAGCGGGCAGACUCUCAACGCUGCUAACAACGUGAAAAACCGUAGCUUAAACCAAAAAUGAGUUGAGAUUUUCGAGUUUUUUUUUGGCCUUGUUUCUUGUGGUGCUUGACGCUGGAGAUGCCACUUAACGAGAUGGACUCAGAGACAUUCCAAACCCGACCCGAGGCGCUUCUCCUCUUCCAAAGACUUUAACCGGAGAACACGUCCUGCCAAUCAGGUCCGCACUGAAAAACAAAACGUCUGAAUGUAUUUUUGUACAAUGUUGAUUCUCUAUUUGCCAAAGUUUUGUAAUAGUUUUGAUAAUAAAAGAAAAAGAAAUUUA